GCCUCAGCAACUUGGACAUUUUCAUUGGCAUCAACAUGAGCUCCACAGGGGCAGAGGACUUACAGAGAGCUGUCGCUACCUCGCGGCUCCUUUGUGUCGCUUCUGCUCCGUGGGUACCGCCGGGGGAAGAAGAGGAGGAGAAAGAGGAGGAGGAGGAGGGGUUGAUGGCAGUAGGGUCCUGUGACAGUAGCCGAACCGAAGGCACGGUACGUGGGUCGCUCGGGGUUUGGCGGCUUCUGCUCCUGGCUCCUUGUCUGUUUGGCUGUUUCGUUUGUGUUUUGGAAGGACAGCGGAAGGUCCGUGUGGAGGAAAGGGAUUAACCCACCCUGUACAAAUGCUGACCUGAAGAGGAAUCCUGCAGGAACACAGCCUGUGGAACCAUGCAGCUUCCCCUCGCCUAGCCAGGAACAUCCUACCAAGAUGGGGACCCUCUGCCCAGCGCCAUGAGGACGAGCCGCUGCAGUCACCUGCCAGGAGUCCCACCAGAGCACCCACUGGCUCCUGUGGGCAAGGCCCUGCCUGGUGGCAGCGGUGCCCCAGCCAGCAGCUGCCCUCAGUAUGUCAUGCAGGUGUCGUCCAAAGAUGGGCAGCUGCUCUCCUCCGUCGUGAGGACGCUUGUGACACAGAGCCCCUUCAAUGACCGGCUGAUCUGCAGGAUCUGCCACGAGGGCAGCAGCCACGAGGACCUACUGUCCCCCUGCGAAUGUACAGGGACCCUGGGGACCAUUCACCGCAGCUGCCUGGAGCACUGGCUGUCCUUUUCAAACACCAGCUGCUGUGAACUCUGCCACUUCAGGUUUGCGGUGGAGCGCAAACCCAGACCACUGGUGGAGUGGCUGAGGAACCCAGGCCCCCAGCACGAGAGGAGGACUCUCUUUGGAGACAUAGUGUGCUUCUUGUUUAUCACCCCACUGGCGACCAUCUCUGGCUGGUUAUGUCUGCGAGGAGCAGUGGACCAUCUGCACUUUAGUAGUAGGCUAGAAGCUGUUGGCCUCAUUGCACUCACUGUGGCACUCUUCACUAUUUACCUCUUUUGGACCCUAGUGUCCUUCAGGUAUCACUGCAGGCUCUACAAUGAAUGGCGUCAGACCAAUCAGAGGGUGAUUCUGCUCACCCCAAAGUCUGCUCACGUCCCCCACAAGCAGCAGUCCCUGCUGGGCCUACAGCCCCUCAAAAGGAACUCAAAGGAGACAAUCAUUUGAUUUGGGCAGGUCUGCACAGGGGCCAAGCACUAAGAAUAUUUUCCUUAAACUCAGACACUGCCCAGAGCCCAGGAGCGUGCUAUUCCCAUCUACAAAUUCUUUGCAGAGGAUUGAACUACUGUUUCGAUCCAAAUCACAGAUGCUGCAAUCGUAUGAUAUUUGCUAAGCUGCCAAACUUGUUUAUUUAGCAGGUACUGUAUGGAUUCUACAAAUUUGUGUUAAUUCUUGCAUCAUCGAGCGAUGCAAGCUUUUUUUAUUGUUUAAAGUAUUAAACUGUGGUAAUUAACAAUGGACAACAGGUUUUAAAAGUGCUUUCUUUUUAUAAUUUCAUAUUCCUACAUUAUUUUAAAGCUGCAGAAUUUUCAGCUUGACAGGUAGAUUUAGCAGUGUAUGGAAACCCUGACCUCUCAUGGUAGCACUAAGACUAAGGCAUCUCUUAAAAAAAAUUAAUAGAGAGCUUACUGUGGUGACCAAAUUGAAUUCGGAGUGCAAAGACUAGACCUUAUUCCUGGAUGACAUGAUCUAUUUCCCCUUGAUUUUAUGCCAAAUUUCUUCAACAAUUCUUUACUUUCAGAAGACACAGUUAUGUAGGUAGACUUAUUUGAAAUAAUUACACAAAAUUUUACUGGCAAAUGCUGCUAGAACUAGAAUUUGAUACAACGAAUUUGGUUUAAUUUUUUAGAAAUGUGUGUAGAUGGCAAUGCCAUCAUGUGCUUUGUUUUCCAAACUCUGUGGGAACUGAAAACAAAAAGGAAGACAUAGCAGGAAGGCUAAUAAUUUGUCACUCAAAGUUCAAAGUAUUAUGUGUCUUUACCAUCAGACAUGAACUUAUUUGAUGUUGUGUGUGCUCUGUGGGAGAAAAAAAGCCUAGUACACAAAGCCAAAUCUGUUAUCUUUAUUCUGUCUGUGGACCAGUCUAGCUGAAAGCAUGUUAUUUAACAAUAUUCUUUGUAACUGUCAAUUUCAUGGGGAUAUAAAAAUCAACUAACUAUAUAAAGCAAUAAUAGCCUCAUUCUGACAUAAAACUACUUUAAAAGCAAGAUGUAGGAAAAUCAUGAACCUGCGGAUCUAUACUCAUAAUAAGGUGAGAGGUUGGUCACGUUUGGCCAUGAAUAACUGCUUCUCUUCCAGAGAAAACUAUACAAGACUCUGAAUACAUGGAUAUCACAAACUCUAUGAUAGCCUAAAACCUGUAGUGUUUUGUUUUUUUUUUAAUAAACCCUCUUCCCAAAGGUCACUUAACUAUGUGGGUAGAAGACUGAACUUGCACUUUAGCAGAGUUCCAGGUUAAAAGAAAACCUGCUGGGCACAGAAAUAAAGCAGAUCCAGCUGGAUGAGGACACUGUCAGACAGGGUUUUAAUGCCUAUACCUUUGCUUCAGAUAAGCUUGCUUCAGAACUGUUACUGCUUUUGCUUCUUUGGGAGAUGCCCCAGAAAGCUGGCCCAUGAAAGAAGUGUUAUUCUUAGCAAGUACUAUUAUUGGGUUUGUUUUGUGAAGCAAAAAAUUAGGAGGACAUGGAAUUAAGUGGCAACUAGAAAAGCAAUUAUUCAAAUGAAGCUGCAUGUUAUAUGCACACAGAUCACCACAGUGACUUGGCCCAGCUCAUAUUUCAAGUUUUACUUUUUGUUUAAAGACAGCUUAUUUUAUCUGAAGAAGGUAUGCUGCAGAGCAGCCAGAGAGAAAAGUAUGGUCCAGUUUAGCAAAUACAUUACUAAUAUAGUUUCUGUGCUUGAUGCAGAAGUACAGCAGAAGUGGCUGGUGAAGUCACAGUAGCAGUGUCCCAUGUAUUUUCUUGAGGGAAAAAAAGUGUUGGAAAAGAUCCAGUCAGACACUUACAGUUGCAUUAAACCCAUGGAAAAAAGCAUUCUUGUAUUCUUCCUUGUUUUUCCUAAAAUAUGAGAACAGGGAGUUGGGAGAUUACUUAUUAGUCCCACUUCUGUUCUGAACUAAAGACUCACAGACAGAAGAAUCUCCCUGAUGAGAGUUGCUUUUUCUUCCAGCUAGUUGAGGCUGUUGCCCCACCAAGUCCAAAAUUCCAGUAACCACUUUAUCAGUGAAGAGGCAUGGACAGAUUACUCACAGACCAAUUUGAUCAGCAAAAUGUCGGCUUCAUUAGAAGGAAGACACUUUAUAUACUGCCUAUUAUACUCAGACGCGUGAUUCUUCUUCACACAGCACUGGAUACAUAAGGAAAACAUUCUUUGUUGUCCACUGCUAAUUGGACCACAACAGGUGUCCAUAGGAGAUGAGGGCACACAUUCAGUCUCCUGAAACUCCACCUUAACUUUGGCAGGGAGCCUCCUUUGUUCUAACUUCAACGCCUGUAGCCAUAUUUAGCUACGUAGUUCUUUUACUGUCUGCACCCAGUCAUUGCAAGGCAAGGCUCACAGAAAUGCAACAGAAAUUGUUCACAUAUGAUCUCUUCUCCCAAAACCACUUUAAAACUGGAUCAUUACAGCAACUAUCAUACAGUAGCAACACUCAUUUUUGUCUGAAGAGAUGUGAAAGACCAAAUUAACUGCAGCAGGAGCCACAGCUAGCAAAGCUUCUGGCAGUACAAUAACACCUUUGUUAUGCUAUUGAUGCCUGCUCUGCUGGUGCUAAAGGAAAAAAAACUCAGGAGCAGUUAAUUAGGGGUGAGAUAAGGAAAGGGUUUAAUUGUGCUAAGGCAAUAGAUGUUACAAGACCGGCUGUGCUUGAGAUGUUACAUUUUAUAAUAGCAUCCGUCCAAUCCCAAGUGUGUCCACCCUGGGUCCACCCCCUUAAAAUUGAGUCUGGGAUGUAUUUUGGGACCACCUCUUCAUCAUCUUCACCACCUUCAGAGCACAAAGGGUACAUAGUCACCUAGUUUUUGACUCUGUUUUGUUGUUCAGGCCUAGAUAUGGGUGUUCUCUAAACGGUAUAGGCCUUGCCUUGACAAGAGACUAAACAUUGCCAGUGAAUUCAGGGGUAGAUUUGAUAUGGGGAGUACAGAAUGGGGUAAGAAAUGUGUGAACUACUUGUACUACAGGGAAAGGGAGUGAGGGCUGCUGCUUUUAAAAUCUACUUAUAAAACCUACAAAGCUUACAAAAAUUAGAAAAAUAAAAAACUAAUAGGGGCUUAAGGCAUCACUAUUCCUAAAGAGCUCUCAGCUAAGCAAAAAAUAAAAGUUAAACAAUGAAAGGAUAAGGGACCACCUUUUUUUUUUUUAAAUGUCACUUAGUUUGCUUCUCAGCAUCUUUAAGCUUUCUUCUCAUGCAGCUGGCCUUGCCAUUUACAUGGCAAUUCUUCCAUGUAAGAAUUUAUAUAGAAGGAACAGUAUUUCAUCAGUAUUCAAAUCAGUAUUUUACACUGCAGGUGAUAAAAGCAGCCUAUUAUGGUUCAGUAUAAAUGGGGUGAGUGCAAUGCGAAGUGAAGAAGUUUUACUUCUACAGUCUUUUCCCCUGCAAGACUAGUCUAUCCCAUUACAUAAAGAUUUAGAAAUUCCAUAGCUUUCUGUUCAGCUGGAAGAAAGUCACAAUACAAGCAGCAUUAAAAAUACUUCAGGUUUUGGUGUGGUGAUUUUUUUCUUUACUCAGCUGUAUAGUUCUGCCAAACUGAGACCCCUAAACUGUCAUUUACAUUUAAUUUAUUGAAACAGCUGUGCACCAGUUUCACAGUACAAAGUCACACAGGGCAAUGUGGCAAUUCAGUGCAUAAAGGGACUCGCAGCCAAAAUGUGGAACUAGCCUUAGAUACAAUGGAUACCAUCACAAAUUGAUAUGAGAAUAGGUGCUGGGGAAGGCACACGCACUAAAAGAGCUAAAGAAGCUCUCCCUUUUAAAAAAAAUAACUGUGAAUUUAUUUAAUAUCUUUAUCUGUUACUUUUUAUGAGACCAAGCUCCAUUUAACACAGAACUGGUUAAUUAAACAACCAUUUUCCUUGCAACAGUAUUGCCUUUUUACUGCCAAAUACUGGUUUACGGUACUCAAAAGUAUCUUUAAAAACUACUAGACAAUGCAAAAUCAUAGAAUCACACAAUUCAGGUUGGAAAAAAACCUCUCAGAUCAUCAAGUCCAACCACUGACCCAGCACUGCCACGUUCACCACAAACCAUGUCCCCAUGUGCCACAUCCACAGGUUCUUUGAACAUUUCCAGGAAUGAUUAUUCCACCACUUCCCUGGGCAGCCUGUUUCAAUGCCUGACCACCUUUUCAGUGAAUGAGUUUUCCUAAUAUCCAGUCCCAACCUUGCCUGGCAUUGCAGGGAGUUGUUGUGACCUGACACUUCCCCUUGUUGUACCUCACACAAUUGGCCUCAUCCCAUCAAUCCAGCCCGUCCAGAUCCCUCUGCAGAGCCUUCCUGCCCUCCAGCAGAUCAACACUCCCACCCAAGUUGGUGUUGUCUGUGAAUUUACUGAGGGAACUCUUGACCCCCUUGACCAAAUCAAUAAAGAUACUGAACAGAGCUGUACUGAAGAUGACACCACACUAAUCCAUUGUUAUUCCACAUCUCAAAGUUAGUUUCACAUGCAUUUCCCCAUAAGACAGCCUUUUCAAAAAAUCAAAGAGGUACAUCUUCAGGUUCUUAAAUUGUUUUCAGUUCUUAAAUCUUUUACUGAUUAAUCUCUUACAUCUGUUUGUGGCAAUGCUACAAAACAUUUCUCUCCCUCUCUUUGGUGUCAAAAGAUUACAGAACUGAUUGUGGUUUUCUUCCAACUCUAUUGUAAGCAUACCAGAUACUUUCCCAAUAAAACUUGCCAAAAUACA